GCACUGUCACGAGAGUCCAACCCUGUGGUGUUCUUCGACAUCACCAUAGAUAACAAGGAUGCUGGGAGAAUCGUCAUGGAGCUCUUCACUCACAUCGUGCCCAGAACGGCGGAGAACUUCCGGGCUCUGUGUACGGGAAAGAUGGGCUUCGGUUACCGCCGGUCCAUCUUCCACAGGAUCAUCCCAGACUUCAUGUGUCAGGGUGGUGAUAUCGCCAACCAGGAUGGGACGGGAGGAAAAUCCAUCUACGGAGGAAAGUUUGAGGAUGAGAGCUUCGAGGUGAGGCAUACUGGGCCGGGGCUGCUGUCCAUGGCCAACCGAGGCAGAGACACCAACAACUCGCAGUUCUUCAUCACCCUCAAGAAAGCAGAGCACUUGGACUUCAAGCACGUUGUCUUCGGAUUCGUCAAAGACGGCAUGGAUGUGGUGAGGAGAAUCGGAGAGCUGGGCGCUAAAGAUGGAAAACCCACAAAAACCAUCACCAUCUCAGACUGUGGACAGAUUAUGUGA